AUGAUUAAAACCCAUAGAAUCACAAUUGGUAGCAAUCUUCUUGGGUUGGCCAUUACCUCCGAUCUAGUUGCUUUUGGUAACCAGGUGACUGAGAAAGAAGCCGACUUCAUGCUCUUUUAUCAGAUUAAUUCGGUUCACGAAAAGCUCGGGUCUUCGGCUUGCUUUCAGCUCUCGGUUUACUCGUGGGUGGCGUUCGAUGGAUGCUGGCGUCUCGCGGCUGGGGCGCGUGUCACGUGGCUUCUGGCGUCAGCUCGUGUGGAGCUGCUGGUUGGGACGCGCAAAGAGAGAGAGCAACACGCGGGGAUUGGCGAUGAGAAGGCCCGGUGGAAAUCGCACGCAAAGAAAGAAGGGCUCACCGGUGAUGAUGAAGAGACGCGGCGUCGCUGUUGGGGUCGUCGGCGCGUGACUGAGGGCAGCGACGGUGAUCUCGCGAGGGAGAAGGGAUCGCAGGAAGUUGUUGUGUGA